AUGAGAGUGAUCAAUCAUGGGGUGCCACUGGCUAAGCGACAAAACAUUGAGAAAGCAUCAAGAGAAUUUUUUGGUCAGCCUGUAGAGGAGAAAAAUAAGGUUAGGAGAAAUGAGGAGAAAGUGUUGGGUUAUCUUGACACUGAGCAUACCAAGAAUGUCAGGGACUGGAAAGAAGUGUUUGAUUUCACUGUCCAAGAUCCAACUAUUUUUCCAGCCUCAUACAAGCCUGAUGAUAAGGAAUUAACCAAGUGGUUUAAUCAGUGGCUUGAAUAUCCUCCUAAACUAAGAGAGAUCUGUGAAGAGUAUGCUAAAGAAAAGGAAAAACUAGCUUUCAAAUUGAUGGAGCUAAUAGCCCUGAGUCUAGGCUUGCCAAAAGAUCGGUUCCUUGAAUUCUUCGAAGAACAAAAUAGCGUCAUUAGGCUCAUCCACUAUCCACCUUGCACAAUUCCCGACCUUGCACUGGGCGUUGGUCGACACAAGGAUGACACUACCUUGACCAUCCUUGCUCAAGAUGAUGUUGGAGGGUUGGAAGUGAGGAGGAAAACAGAUGGAGAGUGGCUUAGGGUCAAGCCAAUCCCAAAUUCCUGCAUCAUCAAUGUUGGUGACAUUGUUCAGGUGUGGAGCAAUGACAUUUCUGAGAUUGUCGAGCAUAGGGCGAUGCCUCUAAAGGAGCUGAUAAAUGAGCAAAACCCUGCCAAAUACAAACCAUACAACUGGGGGAAAUUUUCUGUCACAAGAAAACGUAGUAAUUUCCAGAAGCUUGAUGUUGAGAACAUCCAAAUUUAUCACUUCAAGAUACCCGAAUCAGAGUUGGCAGAAAAAUUGGAUGGAGCAUUGCCCAUUAACAAGUGA